AUGAUCGAGGGUGAGACGUCUGUCCAGGAUUGCUUGCGGCAUCGCAUGCCGAGCCUGUCGAUAUAUACUGGAGGCAGGAAUUAUCAGGAUUGUCUCGAUCGAUAUAACAAUGCACUGGGCGAGCAACCGCUAGUUUGCACGCGGCCAAGGACCGAGCAAGAGGUCUCCCAGCUAGUUCAAUUCUGUACCGAAGAAUCGAUUCCCUUUGCUGUUCGCUCGGGUGGUCAUGACUUCUUCGGUCGCUCCCUGGUUCACGAGGGAAUUCUCAUCGACAUGCGCGCGAUGGACUCAGUCAUCGUCGAGCCGGACCGAACCAGCGUGCACGUUGGUGGCGGGGUGAUUUCCGGCGCCCUGCAGGAAGCACUUAAUUCCGACGGAUUAUUCACCCCUACUGGACAGGCAAAAUCCGUGGGAUAUGUAUCGUGGGCCUGUGGUGGAGGGUAUGGCUUCUACGUUGGCACGUACGGGUUUGGGGUUGAUCAGAUCCUUGCGGCCCGGGUUGUUUUGGCCGGGGGGAAAGUUGUUGAUACCGACGAAGAUCCCGAAUUGCUGUGGGCACUCCGCGGCGCUGGGGCUGGCACAUUUGGCAUCAUCACGGAGCUUCGUGUGAAGGCGUACCCAGUACCUAAACUAUAUGCCGGCUUUCUAGCCUUCCCCUUGACCGAGGCCGCAUCUGUCAUGGAUAGGAUCGAAAAGCUCCUACAGGAUGACUUUCCUGAUGAAUUUAGCGGAGAUGCUGUUGCAGUGAAUCCAGAAAUGUCACCGAUGCCGGUGGUCGAGCCCUGUUUCAUUUUUCUUUGGUGUUGGACUUCGGUCGACGGAAACCUUGCGCUUGCGAAAAGCUUUCUUGAGCAGAUGAUGCAGGCUGGCAGGGUACUGGGAAACACGGUCACGGAGACUACACCAGCAGCUUACGGCCUGGGUGAUUCGUCAUCAGGAACCUUCUUGCGCAGUCGAAGUAUUGACGGUAUACAUCGGAAGGUUGGUGCCAUCCUCGAACGAUGCCCUCCACCACAUCCGCUGUCCGCUGUGAUCUUUCAUUAUAACCAUGGUAGGGGCGUUCGACAUGGAGUCGCAGAUAAUGUCGGGGCGGCGUUUCCGAAUCGGCACCAGCAUGUCAUUCUCGGGCUCCAUGGUGGAACUAGAUCAGGCCAGGCUAAUACACAAGAGCUUGCGGAUGCAGCCAAAUGGGUCACAGGGUUGGAGGAGGCAAUUGAUCAGAACGGUCUCUCGUUGGAAGGAGGUUUCCCUGCAUUUUGGCCCCCUGAUCAGGUGGAUGUAGAACGAUUCUUUGGGGAACAGGGAGCCGCAAGACUGCGGCGAUUGAAAGCACAACUGGACCCGAAUGAUGUAUUUCGCCAUGCGAUGCCCUGUCUCAAAGCAGGCUGA